CGCAGCCCGUCUAUAUACCGUCGACACAGGCGCGCUGUGUCUUCUAGUUGACGCCGAAGGGACGAGCAGCACCGCCAGACUAGAACCCGUUCUCCUCUUUAUACUCCACUCAGUCUAGCGUCGUGAUGGCCGAUAAGAUGGAUAUGUCUUUAGACGACAUCAUCAAGCAGAACAGGCAGCAGAGAGGCGGAGGCCGCGGGGGAGAGGGCCGAGGCCGCGGAGGCUCCGGCGGAGGGAGAGGAGGCCUCGGGCGGCUGGGAGGCGGCGGAGGAGGAGCAGGAGGAGCAGGAGGCGGCUUCGGAGGCCGUGGCGGCGGGUCCGGACCCAUGAGAGGCCGGCAGAACCUCAGCCGAGCAAGAGGCAGACCGACUCCGUACAGCAGGCCGAAACAGCUUCCAGAUAAGUGGCAGCAUGACAUGUAUGACAACGGCUUCAGCGGCUUCAGUGGCCCUGCUGGAGGCGGCGGAGGCGCUGGUGUGGAAACUGGAGGGAAGCUCCUUGUCUCCAAUCUGGAUUUUGGCGUUUCGGAUGCAGACAUUCAGGAACUUUUUGCUGAAUUUGGGACUCUGAAAAAGGCUGCAGUUCAUUACGACAGAUCAGGAAGAAGCUUGGGAACGGCAGAUGUCCACUUUGAAAGGAGAGCAGAUGCCCUCAAGGCCAUGAAACAGUACAACGGCAUCCCGCUUGAUGGGCGGCCUAUGAACAUACAGCUCGUCACAUCACAGAUUGACCAACAGAGGCGGCCUAUGCAGGGUCUGAACAGAGGUGGUGGAGGAGGCAUGAACAGAACCCGUGGGGGCGGCUUCAGAGGUGUGCAGAGAGGCCGCGGGGGGCGUGGUGCAGGCGGCGCCGGAGGAAGAGGUCGGGGAGGCCGCGGCGGUACCGCCAAACAGCAGCUGUCAGCAGAGGAACUCGACGCCCAGUUAGACGCCUACAAUGCCAGGAUGGACACCAGCUAAGAAACGAGGCUCCUCUGGUUUUGUUAUCCCUUCCUGUCUGCACAGAAGGGUCGUUGUUACAAAUGUGCAGAAUAUUUUACACAUGGUUGUCUUCUGAUGUGAUUGAUAUUAUUGUUCCAACAUCUUCUUUUUAAAUGCCCAAAGUGUUUUUUACCAGUAUUUUUUUUUUUUCUCCCCUUUUUUUCUUGACUAAAUUGGUUUUUGGCUGUAGGUUAAUGUGAGUUGGGGUUAUCCCAGUUCUUUCUUCUACCCUGUAGUUAAUGACACUUGUAAUAAAACCUACAGUGCAUAUGAACCAAA